AUGACGUUCGCCGAGAAGCCGGCGAGCGCCAGAAAUUUCAGGGGCCCCAGGCCCGAGGGGACCGCGACUGGAGGACUCAGAGGCUCCAGGGUCGAGGCCGAGAAGGAUUGGGGUGGCAGGCUGCAGUUGACCCCCCAGACCCACCCGCGCCGUGACCUGCUCACGGCAUGCGGGGCCGCGGCGCACGUGGCCGUGUACGGGGUGUGCUGGACGAACCUGCUGUGCCAGGUGCUCCGGCUUGCGCGUGGUGGGCACGGCUACCAGACGACAGUUUCGCUCGUCAAGGCGCUGGUCUCUCCGGCGCUGCUGAUCUACGCGCUCGAGAGCGAUCGGUGCGGAACACCAACACGUGGCGCGGCGGCCGGCGCCAUCUCCCUGCUGCUGCUCUACGACUGCGCAACACAGAAGGGCUGA